AUGCGUGGCGUUGACUUGAGACAUCUUUGGACGACGGGCGAGUACAGUGACUUGACGAUCAACGCUUCUGGUGUCAUCUUCAAGGUUCACCGGUGCGUCGUCUUCCCGCAGUGCGAGGCAUGGAAGAACAUACCGGAAGAGAAUGGACAGCUUGUUCUCCAGGGUCCUAAGAUCACGCAAGCGAUACUCCAGUUCAUGUACUCCGGGACCUACACACCCGCCAAGAUGCGCUGCCAGCUUGCGAAGCCCGUUCACACUUCUGAUGACAUCUCCAAGACGGGCGAUUCCUCGGGGGCUGCUCAUGGUCUUCAUCACGCUCAUGAUUCGAGUGCUCUGAGCUACGACGAUCACAGCAUGCUACUCUCGGCUUGCGUAAUGAGCAUGGCCAAAAAGUACAAGAUGAAGGACCUUGAGAAUCAAGCGGAAAACGCGCUGGUUGCUGUCGCGCCGAGCCUCACUGGCCAUGCCGAGUUUAUCAAAACCAUCGAGCAGGUCCUCAAAACUUACCAGGAUCAGCAAGGUCUUGACAUUGUGUUGAAGAUAAUCAGACCCGAAUUUUCCAAGAGCCCGGGAUUGCGCAGACGUUUACAGGCGGUCAUGAAGAUCUAUCCUCAUCUUGCAUUGGAGCUUCUCGAGCAGCUCGCAUCGGAUCUCCAUAGGAUGGAGAAAGCCCGCCUAGUCAUCGCCCAGGGCCAACAGAAGACGAUGUCCAUGAGAGACGGUGCUCUUUCGCCGAAGGUGGCUGAUCAUCCAUGCACGUCAAUCCCCCAGAAAGGGGUGUCGGCGCUCCCGCAUUUGCCUUGGAAUGCUACAAUGCCGAAUAACACAGCCAAAGGAGACCGGCUGGCGAAUGCCCAUCAGAGCGUAGCCGCGACUGGCCCACCUGUCAUUCCCACUACCCCUAAUGUGACCCCGUCGCUCACGACCUCACUGCCUCGGUCUGGCACUGCCGUUCUGAAGCGCAAGAACGAGGAUGGCUUGCUGAAUUCGGAAAAGAGACCCCGAUCCUACGCCAACUGA